UUCAUUUCCAAAAGUGUAUAUUUCUGGGAAAUUUUUUUAUCCAUAACAAGCGAUUAUUUUUGUCGCCACCAAUCGUCGUAAUCAUCGAAAUCUUCCGAAAUGAAUACAAGAGGACAAGCAGAAACUAGUCAACUUAGAGCUAAUCUUGAAUGUCAACUAGAUCGUUUGGUUGCACAGUUAGCCGAUCUUGAAGCUUGCAAAAAUGAUCUCGAUAUCGAUGAAUAUGAAGAAACGAAAAAAGAAACUAUUGAACAAUUACAAGAAUUUAAUGAAUCAUUAGCUAAAAUGAAAAAAGGUGACAUCACCUUGAUCGAUGAGAUUAGUUCAUUUCAAUUGGCCAUACAGGCAGCUAUUAGUGAUGCAUUUCGUACACCAGAAAUUAUUCGAUUAUUUGCCAAAAAACAGCCCACACAAUUAAGACUUAAGCUAUCGGAAAUUGAACGUGAUUAUAAAAUUGGUACAUUAUCAAAAGAAUCGUAUGAUUUACAGAAAACAGAAAUUCUGGCUGCUUUACAAAGAUUGGGCGAUCAACUUUCAAACGAUGAAAAGCUUUUUCUCCAGAAUAAUACCAGUGAUUCAUUGAGAGAAUUUAGCCGGAUACAGCAACAAGAAACUGUUUCUGAACAAAAUUUAUCGAAGAUUUUGAAAUGAAAUCAUUUUGAUGCCAUCAUUUUUACUUUAUUUUAUUUCUUUAUCUUACAUUUAUUUAUUUUUUUUUUUUAUUAUUAUCUUUUCAGUUUGUAUUUAGGGCUUUUGCCAGCUUAAUUUCAUUUUAUUAUUAUAUUUUGAUAAAAGAAAAAUAUUUACUUUAAACAUAUCAUCAUCAUAUCUAUCUAUCUUUUAUAUAUCUUGGAGUGUGAUAGGAGGAGAAUUUUUUUUUUUUUUUGGAUCAUCCAAUAACAAAAACAUUCGAUAUGAUGAAUUCAAAGAUGAUCAUGUCAUAAUGUCAUCAUCAUCAUUUUUUUCUACCAUAAUAAUCAAUCAAAUGACAAAGAAAGAAUGUGGUAGCAUAUAUAUGCAAAUGAUCAAAACGUGAUUAACGUGGUUCUAUCUUAUCUUAUCGUUUCUUAAGUGAACAAAUGAAUGAUUGAAGGACCAACAUGAUCAUUUUUUAGAUCAGGAACACACACACACACACACACAGUAUCACAGAAGCAUAUGAAUCCCUUGAUUUUAUCUAUAAAUGAUCGGAUAUAAUCGAAAAAAAUUUCAAGUUUUUUGUUUGUUUGAUAUAUCGAUUUUUUUUCAUUCAUUCAUUUUUUCGAUUGAUCAUUCUUGGUGGUCGUAUACAAUCAUUUUGUCGUUUUCUUCAUAUACACACAGAAAAAUAGUCAUCAUUUUAUAAUAUUAGGAAAUUUUUUAAAAAUUUUUUUUCAUAUUUUACAAG